CUCUCCUCCUCCUCCUCCUCCUCCUUGCCCCUCCCCUCCUGGUUCCAAAGGGCGCGCGCGCGCUCUGUCUCUCAUUCCCAGGCUCUGGGGCGCGCGCUGCCCGGGUACCAAGCUUGCAAGGCUUUUGCAAGGGAGGCAAAGCAAAGCAAAGCAAAGAGGUUGCAGCAGCAUUAGCAAGCAGCAAGCAGCAAGCAUCAGCAGCCAAGAUGGAGUCCAGGCUGGAUCUGCAAGGAGCAAGCAAGCCUAUCUAGCAGGGGGAAGGCAAGGGGGACCCUGCCCAUUGCAGCCCCCUACUCAGCUUGGUACCCACCCCUCUGUGCCCCAUGGCCUUCCUUCCCCCCAGGCCCCCUUUGGGUUGACUGGGGCUCCUUUGGGGGGCAAGAAGGAGGAGGCUCUGGUGGUGGUGUGUGGUGGCCAUUGCCCUGCUCUCCUCCCCGGCCCCCUUCCUCCCUCUCUGCCCCCGGGAGUCCUCUUCUCCGUCCGCCGCCAGGAUGCUGCCCUCGCAGGAGGCCUCCAAGCUCUACCAUGACAACUACAUGCGGAACUCGCGGGCCAUCGGGGUGCUGUGGGCCAUCUUCACCAUCUGCUUCGCCAUCAUCAAUGUGGUGGUCUUCAUCCAGCCCUACUGGAUCGGCGACAGCGUCAGCACCCCGAAGCCCGGCUACUUCGGCCUCUUCCACUACUGCGUGGGCAACGAGGGCAGCCUCAAGGAGUUCACCUGCCACGGCUCCUUCGCCGACUUCCGCAGCAUCCCCUCGGGCGCCUUCAAGGCCGCCUCCUUCUUCGUCCUGCUCUCCAUGGUGCUGAUCCUGGGCUGCAUCACCUGCUUCGCCCUCUUCUUCUUCUGCAACACCGCCACCGUCUACAAGAUCUGUGCCUGGAUGCAGCUCUUGGCAGCUCUCUGCCUGGUGCUGGGCUGCAUGAUAUUCCCAGAUGGCUGGGAUUCAGAGACCGUCAGGGACAUGUGUGGGGAGAAGACGGGGAAGUACUCACUGGGUGACUGCUCUGUGCGCUGGGCUUACAUCCUGGCCAUCAUUGGCAUCUUGAAUGCCCUCAUCCUCUCCUUCCUGGCCUUUGUCCUCGGCAACCGGCAGAAUGACCUGCUUCACGAAGAACUCAAAACAGAGAACAAAGAUUUUGUUGGCACUGCGAGGAUAUAAUGUAGAAGAGGCAGGAGGGCCCCAACACUCAUUGGUAUCUGGACUGGACUCAUCCCUCCAUCCCUCCCCGCCUCCCUCACUGCCUUUCCUUUGCUGCUGCCAACAGGGGGGGAGGGAAACACAAGAUGAAACCAUCCAACUUUGAAGUCUCCGAAUUUUCUCACCUCCUCACCUGCGCUGUGCCACUUCCAGAUACACCUCCACCCCUCCCGAUUCGCCAGCUUCAGCUCCUGCCCCCUCUGCUGUUUGGCUGCUGGACGGAAGUUUGACCCACAGAUCUAAGGCCAUCCAUCCUGAACUGGAUUGUUUUGCAGGAGAGGAAAUGUGAACACCACCAUUUGUAUUUCAAAGCAAUGAUGUCCCCUGGGAUUUAAAAAAAAGACACUAAAUCUUCUCAGCAGGACCCAGCCUUUCCAGGAAAAGCUCCCAGUGCCCCCUCCUCCCCACCCUGCAGUGCCACCCUCACCCCAAAAACCAAGAGUUGGUUGGUGCCAAGAUGCUACUGUUGCAAUAGACUCCACCAGGGACACCUCUUUGCCUCAUCUCCCCCCCACCCCCAUUUUUAACCUUUUGGCAACUUUGCUCACCUGUACGUCUGGGGCUGCCCAGCACCUAAGACUGGUCCAUUUGAUAUACUUUUGUGUGUAAAUUAAACCGUCUCUGAACAGGGUAAAGGUGAGCAUUGAAUCCCCUUCUCCUGCGGGAUUUCAGCCACCAGAACUUUGCAUUCUCCACUCAUUCUGCCCAGGUAAUGCAGCCGUAUCUUGAAGCGUACAGAAAAAUUGGAUCUUUGUUUGCCACAGGGUGCCCCAUCAUCUCAACCUAGGCAAGGAGACUCUUCUAACACUGAAUGUAAUCUUUGGACAGGUCCCACCUGAUCAGGAGAGCAUGGGGAGGAAGGAGGCAAAGGGGAAGCAAGGGUAGGGGAAAGAUUCUCCUCUUGGCUGCUGGCAGGAAUGACAAUCUGCACAGUUGUGGCAACAAUAUGUAGAGAGAUCUUGUAGCGCCUUUGAGAAUAACUGAAAGAAAGGAGUUGGUAGCAUGUGCUCUUGUAGGCUUCAGUGUACUUCCCCAGAUGCAUUUGGAGGCCACAGUUUGGUUCAGAGGUGCAUGCCUAACUCCACUUCCCUCCUUGGGACACAGUCCUUCAGGUGAGAAGAUGUGGCUCUUGCACCCUCCUCCUGCAGGAAUUAGCAUCCUCAGUAUCCUGUGUAGUGGAUUAAAGAGCAGGAGGGGCAAGCAUCCAAGAACCCACCACCUCAACCAUUCUCCUCCCACUCUCAGUGACUCCGAAUGUCCUAGAUGUCUGCUCCUCCAGACAGCAGUGUACUGGCUAAGCCAAACUCCCCCCUCCCCCCCAACAUGCAGUUUGAGGUGAAUAUUGAAAUCAUGCCACAAUUGCAACCAGUUGACCCUAAACAGUGCAUCCUCCAAGCUGAGCCUCGGAUUACACGCAGGAGAGACAUCCAGACUAGGAUGAGGCCAAACCUAGGAGUUUAUCACACUGGGGCUAAUUUCAGCAUUAAAAAGAGAUUAAAGUGCAUUUAAAGCAUCCCGCAAAUAAAGCAAAAAUGGCGAGUAAUUGCGUGAAUGAU